ACAGAGCUGACUAAGGCUACAGACCUUGCAGAUGCUUCUUUUUUGAUGAAAGUGUUAAGAAGUAAACUUGUUAAGAAAAAGAAUGAGGUUGAGGUACAGAGAAAUGACCCAAGUUCACCCUUGUACUCUGUCAAAUCAUUUGAGGAAUUACCGCUGUAAGUACUGACCGCCAUUCGAUUGGUUUUCCUCUUUACAUGAAAAGAUCUUAAAUUUCAAAGGUUUAUCAGUCACUUAACAUAAAUGUAAAUAUCUGUGUUGUUUUCUUUUUAUUAGGUCAGAACAACUCCGUCGUGGUGUCUAUGAUAUGGGUUUUAACAAACCAUCCAAGAUUCAGGAAACAGCACUACCCAUGCUCUUAGCUGAUCCGUGAGUUACUGCACGUACACUGUAUAAUCUCUUGAACUAAUUUUAUAAUAUUGUUCACAGUCUUCACAUAAUCAACACUGCUGGACUAGAAAAACCACAGAACCAGAAUAAUUUAUUUCUGAAAAUAUACAUUGUACCCAAUAUCAAGAAAAAAGACGUGAUGUAAGAUGUGAGAUAAAACAUUAAUCAUGAAUAAAUCUCUUUUCUUGAUAGGUGCUUACCUUAACUCUCCUGUUCACGCUCUGUUAUGCGUAAGGCCUGACUUGUCCUUGAAAGUGUCUCUGAUAUCAGUUAAAUUUUUUUUAUUACGGGAAUGAGACAUUAACCUAUUGUUUAACCCACAACCUGGUGGGGCUAGGCAUUGCAAUUUUAUUUAUCUGGCCCCAGUUGUUCAAAAGGCUAUCCACAGGAUAAAUCACUAUCCACUAGACAGUGCAAUUGGUUUCCCUUUAAUUUUGGCUAACAUGUAUCUGUUGGGUAGUGAUUUAUCUGGUGGAUAGUGCUAUCCAACUUUUAAACAACUGGGGCUUGGCCUUUCACCCAAACCCUGUCCAACACAGUUGAACCGGCACCAAGGAGCAAGGUCCCAAGUGCUUUACAGUUUAGUUUUCAGGGUCAUUGAGGCACACGAACCUCCCCUUCACGUUAAGGCGCAACACUUAGGGAGGUGUCUUGGUGAGUAUGAAGUGGCAGUUGUAUAAAUGUUUGCUUUUUUGUUUGAUGUUUAGACCAAACAAUAUGAUAGCUCAAUCACUGUAUGGGACAGAAAUAACUGCAGCAUUUGUUUUGUCCAUGCUUAGCAGAGUAGAUGCAACAAAAAACUACCCUCAGGUAUUAUUUCGUUUUACUUCCUGUAUGUUCCUUGCCCCAGCACAACUUGUCAAAAAACCUCACAAAUUUGUUGAGGUAUGCGCAAAAGUGUGAAACUGUAAAAUAAGGUGUAAGUGUUAUGGCUUCAUUUUCGUGUCUCGCUUGUUUCGCUCAACAAACUAACAAAAAAAGAGACUGCUCUUGGUCUACGGCCAAAUUGGUGUCAUUUGAAUGGUGAUUGGUCACACUGUAGGAUUUCGUCUAAAGACUCAAAAGUACAAACCACUUAAAAACUCCAUCUUCUUCUUUAGUGGUGAAAGUGUUACAUCAGAAACAAACAUGAAGUGUUAGAUGAUGAAUUUGUUCAUAUAAAGCUGAAUUGUUUCAAUGAACUGAUUUUUUUGUGCUUUUAUCAAGGUUAUCUGUAUUUCACCUACAUAUGAGCUUGCCCUACAAACAGGACAAGUGGCAGAAAAGAUGGGCAAAUUCUGCCCUGAAGUGAAGAUUGGUUAUGCGGUGAGGGGGGAGAGAGGUGAGAAACUUGAGCCAGAAAAAAUACGGGCAAAACAUAGGCCUGAGGUCUCCUUAAGAGAAGUUGAAUAAUUUUAAUUGAUGAGUUCACUUGUCCUUAGAAGCAGGCGGGGGCGGGGGUGGGGAGAGGUUGGUGUUAAGAAGCUUACAAAGAAAGUAAGGUAAGAUAGCCUGAAGCUAGUGGAGUUUGCUAUCCUGUUAGCGAAUUCUAGUCUUAACUUGCCUGAUCGGCAAGUGAAGUUUUUGGGGAGUUGAUAGUCAAUCCUUCGCAACAAAGUUUUUUUUGUGCUGGUUAAAUGACUUUGGGACUAGCUACAGCUUACCCAAAUGGCAAACUGUUAAACUGACCUUCUUUGAACCGUGGUUAAGGCCUCUAAAUAAGGUUAAGCAUUGUUUUUAUUUUGUCGGUAAAGAAAAUAAUUAUUGUACAUGUGUAUUCCACAUACAGACCUAUACAGCCUUUAAUGUUCUUAAUCCCCUUUCCUCCUCCGUUCUACAGUGGCAAGAGGUCAGAAAGUCACAGAUCACAUAAUAUUUGCUACACCCGGAACUCUACUAGACUGGAUUCUCCGCAACCGAGCACUGGACCCCAAAAAAAUCAAGAUGUUCGUGUUACUUGAGGCUGACGUCAUAAUGGCAUGUCAGGGACACCUGGAUCAGUCCAUUAGAAUACACAAGUAAGGCUACUUCCCUUUUGUCAUACUUACGUCCUUUCAAUGAGAUUAUCAAUAAUAAUAGUUACCGGGAAAUUUUCUGUUGGUCAGCAGAUGAUCGACUUGGGCAUAUGUAUUUGUCUCAUUUCCACAGAGGUUUGUCUUCUGGUUUGCUUCGAAUAGCUUUACCUCUCUUUUCCCUUUUGUUUGCUUCCUUCCACCCACCCACCUCUUUCUUCCUUGGAGGGAACUCCAUUCAUUUAAGUUGUCUUUUUUGAUCUUUAAUAUUCCCCACUGAGAGACUAGUGUGACAGGUUCCAAGGGCAUGUAGCCAAUGGCAGGUUGUCAUUUUUACCCCGCUUUAGUUUCAAUGCGAAUACUGAACUUAACAGAUAAUGUAUUUCCUCUGUUCUAGGACCCUGCCUAAAGAUUGCCAAAUGCUUCUUUUCUCUGCAACCUACGACGACGAGGUGAUAAAAUUUGCCAAGGACGUAGUACCAGACCCUAUCAUCAUUCGGCUACGUCGGGAAGAGGAGAGCCUGGACAAUAUCAAGCAGUACUAUGUGGUGUGUCGUGACAAAGAGGAUAAGUUCCAGGCCCUCUCCAACAUGUAUGGCGUUGUGUCUAUUGGACAGUGUAUCGUUUUCUGUCAGGUAAGUGUUAAAAUAAAUUCCUUCCCUCCCCCUCCUUUUCCCUUUCACCUUUCCCCUGAUUCCCAUCCAAAUCCUUCCUCACCCCAGGAAACGACUGCAAAGCAGCUUAAAUUUUAGUUGCUGUUUGGGAAAUUUUUCGUAACACCAGGAUGCUUUUACAUUUGUGUAUGCCUGUGUCAUUUCAGACUCGGAAGGCCGCCUCUUGGUUGGCAGAGAAGAUGACAGCGGAUGGUCAUUCAGUAGUGCUGUUGUCAGGCGAGAUCACAGUGGAACAGCGGCUAGCAGUAUUAAACAGAUUCCGCGAUGGCAAGGAGAAACUGCUGAUAACAACUAAUGUCAUCGCCAGAGGCAUUGAUGUGGAACAGGUAAGUACGUAUUGGCCACCAUUAGAAUCAAUGACCCACCCCCUAGUAUUAAAACGUAGAUUUUGGGUUUGUGCAUGACAAAAUCAUAAUAUGCAAUGACAUCGGAAAUCACAGUAAGGUACCAGAAUUUUAAACAGCAAUGAAAAAUGUAAAAAACAUAAAUCGUAUUGGAUAUAAAAUACUAAGUAGGAGCCAAGUAAGAGUGCGGGUAGGUACUGUAUGUUACUCCAUGAAAAUUAGGGUAGGGAUGUAUGGUAUGUAAUAUGCUCCUUAACUUACCUUAUUUUAGACCAUAGUGAUUGGGCCAGUUUUCAAAUUUUGAUUCUCUGUCUGCCAAAACUACCAAAAGGUUAUUAUUUUCAGUGCUCCCUGAUGAAAUUUGUUUGAUAUCCUCUUCGUGACUCCAUAGGAGCAUUUUUUGUAUGGGUUAACCCUUUAAGUCCCAAUGUUGACCAACAUCAAUUUUCUCCUGACGAUAUCCAUAUAAAUAAAUAAAUGUCAAGAGAUUAGGUUAAGAGAACUAGUAAAAUAAAGAGACCUAAGAGAAAAUGCCGUGAUCUUUUAACAAAUUCUCUCAACACAUUCUUUAAGGAAAUGUAUGGAGAUCAGUUUGAAGAAUUUGUAUGUGGAUAUUAGGGCUUGAAGGGUUAAGGGACUACGUAAUGAGUUGAGCACAGAAUUGAUCAAACAGAGCAAUUCCCUUGUGACAUAGCCUCCCUCCCCCCCCCCCCACAAUUCCUUAGUGACGCCAGUGAGGCUUUAGGGCCUGUUUACAUGUAAAUGUGAUCAAAUUAAAAUGAGAGAUUAUAUGGACAGAGGGGUUACCCCACCUAAGCAGGUUACACCACCUACCUGGGGUCCCCUACCUCCAUGUAAACGGGCCCUUCGUAAUACGAUGUUGUUUUGUUUUUUGUUUUGUUGCCAUAGGUUACUGUCGUAAUAAAUUACGAUAUGCCAGUCGAGCCCACGGGUAAACCGGAUUUCGAAACAUACUUGCACAGGAUCGGCAGGACUGGCCGGUUUGGCAAGAGCGGCAUUGCCGUCAACUUUGUUGAUGGUCAGCGGUCUAUGACGAUCAUGAAGAAAAUCGAAGAACAUUUUGGCAAGAAAAUAACGCUCUUGCAGGCUGAUGACGUCGAUGAACUUGAGAAACUGGGCAACUAA